AUGCUAGAUCUAGAAUUAAAAAAAAAAAUAAUAAAUGAGUCUAAUAUUCCGGGUAAAGUUGAGGAUAUUGUUCUUUUUGAUAAGAAUACCAAAAAAUAUGCAGUAAUUACUAGCAGAGUGGCUCUUUUUGUUGUUCGAUUAGUUAGUUAUAAAGAAGAACAAGAAAAAAUAAAGAUAACAUCUGUGAGGAGAUUUCCUGAUAACAAUCCUUUAAAUGGUUAUUCAAAUUUAGAAAAAGCUAAAAGUAGAGCGAACACAAUUGAAAGUUUAGUUAAAGAACUACCAAGUGAGAAUAUGUGUGGAACUGUCUCUCGAGAAGAUAGUGUUGAGAAUAUACUGAUAAUUGGGAGAACUGGUAGUGGCAAAUCUGCUUUAGGAAAUCUACUAUUAAAUAAGGAAGGAGACCUUGAUAAAGGAGGCGAGUUUAAAAAAUUUUUUGAGGAGAAUGAAUAUAGUGUUAGUGAGAUGCAGGAAAUUAAAAGUAAGGAGGUAGAGAUAGAAGGAAUUAAAUUUUGUAUAAUUGACACAAUUGGUUUUAAUUGCGAUAGAAUAACUAAUGAAGAAAUAAUAGUAUCUAAGAUAUUCGAAGUGUGUCGCAAGAUUAAGGAUGGAUUAAGUCAAAUCUUGUUUGUAGUUAGCGGGAGAUUUUCUCCAUCGGAAAUAGAAGUUUAUAAUGUAAUAAGAAAGAGAAUUUUUGGCAAAGAUAUUGCCAAAUAUACUACAAUCAUAAGGACUAAUUUCCCGGAUUUCGACGAUGAGAAUAAAUAUAAAGAGGAAGAAGAGAUUAGAAGGGUGGAAAAAAAGAAUUCACGAAACAAAAUGGUGGAAGAGGCAGAAGAUUCUUUAAGUUCUUUAGUUGAAGCUGUUAUUGAAGUAAGAGAGACGAUACUUCUAAUUGGAAAAACGGGAGGCGGAAAAUCAACAUUAGCUAAUGUGUUAGUUGGAACUAAUGAUUUUGCAGAGAGUGCAGGCAGCGUCAGUAAAACCAAGCAACUGAAAGAAAGGACAUUUACAGAAGGUGAAAUUAAAUAUAGAGUAAUUGACACAGUAGGAAUUGGAGAUACGGGAAUGUCGUUAGAUAGAAUAUUACGAAAAUUAGCUUUGAUGGGUUACUCAGUAAAAGAUGGCUUACAUCAAAUAUUAGGGGAAGAAGAGAGAUAUGAAAAAGAAUGCGAGAAAGAUAAGAAAAAGAUAAGUGAAAAUAAUCAAGUAUUUGGAGAACUUAUUAGGGCAUGCAGAGGCAUGAUUUAUGUUGAUAAUGAUAGUGAAGAAAAAAGAAAAAAAUCAAGAGAAAUUUUAUUGGAAUAUUUUAAUUCCCAUAAACACGAACUUUAUAUACCAAAAAAUCUAGUCGAAUUGAGUAAAAAAAUCAGUGAAGAUGAGAAGAAAAAAAGAGAAAUAAAAAAAGAAAGAAUGUUUGGUAAACUUAAAAACAAACUUAUUAAUAAUGAGAUAACCGAAAAGAUGGUGAGGCAUAUCGAAAAGUUGGAUGAAGACUUAGAAAAAGAAGUGGCCAAAACACCAGAUAAUAAAUCAUAUGAACAUAUCAAACAUAUCAAAAAAAAAUGCUUAGAUCUUUUCGAGAAAGAAAAGAGCAGAAAAAUAGAGGAAUUGGUUUAUGUAAAUAACAUUGAAGACAAAAAAAGAGGAGAAAAAAUCAGUGACGAUUUAAGAAUUGGUAUAGAAGUUAUAUUAGAAAUUAUUAAAGUCAAUGAGGGAGUGAAAAGUUGUCGUCAAUCUGCAGUGGUUGGAUUUGGUAAAAAAGUAGAUGCUGAGAGGUUGGAAGAAAUUUUCAGUUUGCAAGAAGAAUUAGUAAAAAUUCAAGAUGAAAUUGAUGAAGAAGUGCUAGAGGAUACAUGCCAAAAGUUUGAGAAAAAAUACCUUAAAAAGGUAACGGGUAAUGAAUUAGAUAAUGAGACACUAAAAAAUUUAAGAAGAGAACUCAAACAGUUAAUAAUAAUGAAAAAAGCAACAAAUUUUCUGAAAGAUAAAAAAACUUUUUUAGAAAAGCGCCAAGAAAAUAUUAAAGGACUAGAAAAUUGUUAUAAUGAGUUGAACAAUUUUGUUAAUAGAGAAUACGCAGAAAGAACAGUAAGAAUUAAACUAAUGAACGACAUGACAGAUGCUCUUAAUUGUGACAAAGUUAAUCCUAUUAAAAUGUUUAUGGUGCUAGCCACUACUCAGAACGAAUACAAAAAAAUAAAUCUUUCUGAAGAAAUUAGUAGUAAGUUUAAUAAUUGUCUAAAAGAUGAUAAAAAUAAUAUCUCUUUGUUUAAAAAAUCUUAUGAGUUCUUGAAGAACAAUGUUUACGAUGUUUGCAAAAAUGAGGAAUUAGAAACUGGUUUCAAAAUUAUUGAAAUCCUAAAAUUAGAAGACAAAACAGAAGAAGGGAGUGUUAAGGCAUUUAAGCCAUUCAAUGCCAGAUAUGAAACAAUUUGUGAAAUUGUUAAUGACUGA